AUGGCUGCCAAGUCGACGACGAAGAAAUUCCCCGAAGUCAAGGGCGGCGGCAGCCUGAUUCUGGCAUGGCAGAUUAAAGGAAAAAAAGUGCUGGUUGUUGGAGGAGGAGAGGUUGCCGCCGGCCGGAUCCUCAACUGUCUCGAUGCCGACGCCAGUGUCACCGUUGUCUGCCCGGCCUCUGGCCUCAAUCCCGAAGUGGCCCAUCGCGUCGAGAAAGCGCAAGUCACCCACGUCGACCGCCUCUUCGAGCCCUCCGACCUGGAUGGUGCAGCCAUGGUCCUUGUCGCCAUUGACGAUCCGGCCGCCUCUACCAUAAUCUGGAAGCUGUGCAAGGAACGCAAAGUGCCCGCCAACAUUGCCGACGUGCCGCCAGAAUGCGAUUUCUACUUUGGCAGCGUCCAUCGGGACGGACCCCUUCAAAUCAUGGUCAGCACCAAUGGCAAGGGUCCCAGGCUGGCCGCCAUUAUAAGGCGGCAUAUUGCAAAGUCGCUCCCCAAGAAUGCCGGAAAUGCGAUUGAGGCCAUUGGUACACUCAGGGCGAAGCUGCGCAAAAUGGCUCCGAACUCGGAGGAAAGCCCCAAGCGCAUGGGCUGGUAUGUGAUGAUCAAGGUCAGCAACAAAUUCGACUGGGAAGAGAUAUGCGAUCUCACCGACGAGGAUAUGGAGAACCUCCUCAGGUUCUAUGCGACCAACGAGGUGCCCACGAUCGACGACCUCUUAGCCAUGAGAGAAAACCCCGGUUUCAACACAAUGGAUGUGUUUGAUGGGUCUUUUGGUUUCUGCGUAGGCGUAUGA